AUGGACCCCAGUGAAUUCGGCACCUCGACCAUUCCCCUCCAGCAUGCACCAUAUGGCCCAAUCACCGCGGAAGCACUUACAAAUAAGAAUGCUGGAAAGGUCGCAGUAGUGACGGGCGCAGCGCAAGGCAUAGGCGCAGCGAUCGCAGAAGCUCUUACGAUAUCGGGAGCCACCGUUGCUAUCCUAGACUUGUCGGUCGAGAAGCAACAAAAGACGCAAGAAGCGUGCGAGUUCCACGGCGGGAAAAUAAGAGCUUAUGCAUGCGAUGUAUCGAACCAAGACGCUGUGAUGAAGACAUUCGAUGAGGUCGAGAAAGACUUUGGCCCUAUAGAUAUACUCGUGAAUAACGCAGGCGUCCUCGUCCAGCGACCUUUGAUCAUGUCAGACUUCGAUUCAUUCUGGAAGCAGAUUGAGGUCAAUUUCAAAGGUGUACGUCUUCUACUGAAUCUCUACCUUUUCAAGACUGGGGCUCCCAAAGAUGUCCAGGAAAAGUACGGCAGUCCGAAAGACGAAGAGUAUUUCAAAGGGCUAUUCAAGGAUCCGCCGAUUCUGUGCGGGCAGACGUGCGCAUGGCUCGCUACAGGACAAGGGAAGGAUCUGAGGGGAUUGUAUAUUGGUGAGAAGCGCCACUUAGCUGUGAUUAUCAAGUUUCUAACGAAUGUGUAG